AAAAAUUAACGUGUUUUUAAAAAUCUAACCUUGAAAAACGGUUAAAAUUAUUUUACAAUGCAACAGUAAUUACUGUAAAUUAAUAUUGAUAAUUAUAAAUAAUAAUUAAUUUAAAAAUGGAAAAAUUUUUAUUACAACGUGACAGAUAUAUUUCAUCUGUACCACAUAGUGAACAGAUGAAAGAAAAAUUUCGUAAUUCUAUUGGACAAUUAGAUAAAAUAAAUCGUCAUAACAUUCAACAGCUUACACAGGAGAGUAAAAAAAUUGAAAGUCUGAAAGAAAAUAUAUCAGAAAAAGAAGACCAAUUAUUAGUUGAAGAAAAAAAGAAAAACUAUUUGAACAGCGAAUUAGAAAACCAGGCAGAAUUAUUGGAGGAACUACCAAAUGAAAAAUCGCGUUUAGUAAUCGAAAAAAUGGAGUUAGAGUCCAGAAAAAAUCAAUUGAAGGCUACGAAACCAAGUAAUACGGAUCAAAAACUUUUAGAACAUGGAAGAAAAAAAUUGGAGUAUUACCGAAUACUCACCGGCAUUAGAUGGGACUAUCCGAUGUUGAAAACUUGUACUAAAGGAUAUGUAACAAAUCGUCAUGACUACACCCAGGAAUUUUGUUUUAAUGAAGACGACGAAAGAACAGAAGAAAAAAUUUGGGAAGAAAUUGAAAAAUGUGUUGAAAUUUUUGAAGAAAAAGAAAACUUAGCACCUAAUAAAUAAUAAUUAAUUAUUUAGAUUGUUAUGUUUUAUAUAAUUGUAUAAAUAAUGAAUUUAAUUACGAAAUAAUUAUCAAUUAAUUUUAGAACGAUGUGUAAUAUAUAUAGUAUUGUAUUAU